AUUGACAGUCAUCAAAACUGGAGUUGCUGUUUACGUCCGAGUCGUGAAUAGCUGUGCUAAUUUCGCAGAAUUUGAUCACUUAAUUCGUUGUUGUCUGCCUUCCGAUAAGAAUAAUUGAAAAUGGCUCGUCGUUAUGAUUCCCGUACUACGAUUUUCUCGCCGGAAGGCCGAUUGUACCAGGUUGAGUAUGCGAUGGAAGCCAUUUCACACGCCGGUACAUCGCUAGGCAUUCUGGCGAAGGAUGGUAUACUGUUGGCGGCGGAGCGCCGCAACACAAACAAGCUGUUGGACAAUGUAAUCUUCUCUGAGAAAAUUUACAAGCUGAACGAAGAUAUGGUGUGUUCAGUGGCCGGUAUUACUUCCGAUGCGAAUGUCCUUACCAACCUGCUUCGGGUCAUCGCCCAGCGGUACCAACUGAACUACGGGGAGGCUAUGCCCUGCGAACAGCUGGUCUCUCAUCUUUGUGAUGUGAAACAGGCGUACACGCAGUACGGUGGCAAGCGGCCCUUCGGUGUUUCCAUCUUGUACAUGGGAUGGGAUAAGCAUUACGGAUACCAGCUGUACCAGUCGGAUCCCAGCGGAAACUAUGGUGGAUGGAAAGCCACAUGUAUCGGGAACAAUUCAGCGGCCGCUGUUUCCGCUCUAAAGCAGGAACUGAGUGAUAGCGAUAUCAGUCUAACGCAGGCACAGGACUUGGCUGUGAAAGUACUGUCCAAAACGCUGGACAUGACCAAGCUUACGUCAGAGAAAAUUGAAAUGGCUGUUCUUACGCGUGAAAAUAACAAGACGGUCAUAAAAAUUUUGUCCAGCACAGAGGUCGAUGGGUUAAUCGCAAAGCAUGAGAAGGCAGAGGCUGAAGCAGAAGCCGCCAAGAAGGAAAAACUUGGUCAAACAUCAAAAUAAAACAUAAUUUGCAUAUAAGUUGUUCGGUUCAGGUUGAGAUGAUUGUGUACAACGGGACAGAGGAAACAUAAAAAUAAAUCAACGCACGUAAUAACGGUGCAACCAUUCAG